AUGGAACAAGAAAAUGCAUAUCCUCGACAAUGCGAACUUCAAGAAAUCGCCAAAGCAACCGUCGCGGCCUAUGGCAAGCUAGGCGGAGUCACCGGCGGCAUUAUCGCUAUACGAGACUCUACGCCUUCGAUCCGCACACCGCAGUCGAUCAGGCCUUCCACUGCCACGACGCUGGGAAAGACAUACGAAUUUCCUCGGCAGCAGCCACUGUCGCAGCAGCUACGUGGAAAUGCCCUUCGACCGUCAAGGACCUCUAUGAAGCCGAGAUGUUGGACAACACGACAUCGGGAAUGA